CACAAUUAGCCUAAUUGCCUCAGUCAACACACGAACACUCAUUGAAUUUGAGUGACUGCGAAGAGCUCAAAGUUGCUCAUUGCGUUUAUUCACCCUGAGUUGGGAACCGGUGUGAGGAGCCGAACGGCUGGAUGCCUUGGGUUUACAAUCCCUGGGCCACUUUGUGCAUAUAUACACCUCAUCAUGACCAGCACCACUAUUUCUACGAGACAAGAGACGGUACGUUAGGAAAUACUUGUUUGAUGACCGCGUUACUAUUAUACAGCUCUCUUACAGGAAGAUUAUGCGUCCGUCAUGUAAUUCCACCGCUACCUCGGUCUAUACAGGGAAAGUUUCACAUCAUGUUUGCACAUGCAAGACAGCUACAUCUCACAAUGCACCUCAUGAGCACGUCAGCGCAUCAAUACGACAGUCUUCUUAGUCGAUCAACUCUCCACUUGCAUAUCGUUCCUCUGACUGUUGUGCGGGAACUUCUAGCAAACGGUGCUUAUGUAGAGGACCUGCAGAGGAAGAACGUCAGUAUCCUGAAAUACAUCUAUCGCUUCCCAAUGGAUUGGCUAGGGGAAGUGACUACGAGUAGGUGUGCCACCGCUCGUACAGAAUUCACAUUUACCAGAGACCCAGCACAGGUUGACCUGAUUCUCGCCAACCCAAAAUUUACUGCACGA